CUGUCAUUCGCAAAUUCGACAAUUCCACUGCUGUCACACGAUAAAUAAAUAUUAAAAAUAUCUGAUUAAAAAACAUUCAUUUCGUGCAAACCAUGAACGCUAAACUCAUAGCCACGAUAGUUAUAUUAGUGAUGAAUUUCAAAAUUUGCCAAAGCAAGAGAUACGACGGCUUCUCUUUGUUCAGCGUUAUUCCCGAAGAGGUGGAACAGUUGAAGUUCCUUCAGAAUCUGGAGAAACAAAAAUACAUUGAUAUGGUAUUCUGGAAGAAACCUCUGAAAUUGUAUCACGAAGUCCAAUUCAUAGUCAGCCCUGCCGAUACUAACCUUUUGGUUGAGAGAUCGCGGCAUUUUAAGAUGAAAACUAACUUGAUAUUGCCGAAUCUACAGAAGGCAUUUGAUGACCAACUCGUCAGAAGAUAUCUUCGUCUCAGAGUAGAGACCUACUCAUGGGAAUAUUAUCACACAUUAGAAGAUAUUUACCAGUGGUUGACUGACCUAGCUUUGAAAUAUCAUGAUGGCGUGGAUUUGAUAUCAAUUGGCAACUCAUCGGAGGGCCGUGAUAUAUUGGCGUUGGUGAUAAAAAACGGGGUUGGUAAAAAACAAGUACUGGUUGAAGGCGGUAUUCAUGGUAGCGAAUGGAUCUCAGUUGAGUUUGUCACAUAUUUGGCCCAUCAAUUGAUAUACAACAAUACUACUGAUCACCAUCUGGCUGUACUUGCGAAGAAUUUUAAUUGGUUCUUGAUACCAGUCCUUAAUCCCGAUGGUUUUGAUUAUAAUCAGAAAGUUGAUCGUCUAUUUAGGAAGAACAGAAGCAAUUUUACGGAUGGCGUUGGUGUGGAUUUGAAUAGAAAUUUUGAUUAUAGUUUUAGAAAAUUUGCAACAAGCACUUAUGCUGAUGAUGAGGAUUACGGUGGGCCUAACGCUUUUUCCGAGCCUGAGACGAAAUCCCUCAAAGAUUUCAUAGAAAAGAAAUUGAACCACUUGUAUGCUUACGUCGCAAUCCAUAGUUAUGGUCAGAAAAUUGUGAUACCUUAUGGUGACAGAAUAAAUCAUGUGGAAGAUUAUGCAGAAAUGGCAAAUUACGGUAAACAAGCAAUAGUGAAAAUGUAUAAAUUAUACAGCAGAAAAUACAGCGUUGGUACAUUUUACGAUACUAUGGGAUUGAGAAUUUCUGGAAACAGCGCGAGCUGGGUGAAGAGGAAUUUCCAAGUCGAUCGCGUCUUCUCUCUACUUAUGCGGGACAACGGGUCGUAUGGCUACGCCCUUCCACAUGACCAGAUAAUACCUGCGUGUAAGGAAGCUAUGGUUGGUAUGCUGGAAGUAUUGACGACGAGACCUAGGUACUUGAGAGCCGAUCCGUUCAGCUCGUCACGCCGAGGGCAAGAGUUUGAAGGAGUUUUCAUAUUUUGGAUGUUGUUUGUUUCCAUGAUGUUAAAAUAAAUUAUGAAGAUUUU